GGCCAGAGGCCAGCGGAGAAUGGAUGGCGUCCAGGAAGCAGGAGCAAAGAUGGAUGGGGAAGAGGUGGAUGGGGGUUCAGCUCCCUGUGUCAAGGCGGGCUCCCCAGACCAAGAAGGCUUCUUCAACCUGCUGAGCCAUGUGCAGGGCGACCGAAUGGAGGAGCAGCGCUGCUCGCUGCAGGCAGAGCCCGGCACCAUCUCCAAGAGCCAGAGUGGCCCCAUGCCGGAGAUGGACAGUCUCAUAGACAUGGUGGCCAGCACCCAGGGUCGCCGCAUGGAUGACCAGCGAGUGACAGUCAGCACCCUGCCUGGUUUCCAGCCUGUGGGCCCCAAGGACGGAGUGCAGAAACGAGCUGGGACCCACAGCCCCCAACCCCUCCUCACCCCUCCGGACCCCUCUGCUCUCAGCUUCCGUCGGAACAGCAGCCCCCAGCCCCAGACACAAGCCCCGUGAGGGCCUGAGCCAUCUUGCACCCGACUCAUGCCUCCCAAAAGCAGACAAUAAAACACUUC